AUCCACCGCUGUAAAGAUCUACACGCACUACUGUGAGUACUUCGCAACAACCCUCUACCUAUCACACUCUUCCACACAGCAAACAUGGCCAAGGGAAAGCGUUCCGCUGACGCCAAGGGCAGCCAGAAGCGCCAGAAGAAGGUGCUCCGCGACAACAUCCGCGGCAUCACCCGCGGCUCCAUCCGCCGCAUGGCCCGCCGUGGCGGCGUGAAGCGCAUCUCGAGCGAGAUCUACGAGGAGGUGCGCCGCGUGCUGAAGGCCUACGUCGAGGACGUCGUGCGCUCCAGCACCGCGUACACCGAGUAUGCGCGCAAGAAGACGGUGACGGCGUCGGACGUCGUGAACGCGCUCCGUAAGCGCGGCCACAUCCUGUACGGCUACGCGUAA